GAACUGCGGCGGGAGGCGGCCGGCGUGAUGGCUAGUCUGGGUCGCCUGCUGUGCGUGGUGGGCCUGCUCCUCUGCGGGGCAGCCAGCCUGGGGCUGUGCAAAUCCCACACAACUGCCGCUAAGAAUCCCAUCAUCGCCAAAUUUAAUUUUUCAUAAUGAAGACAAUCUUACCAUCAAGGAGAGAAACAGUCUUAUUGAACACAUUUUGACAUUUGACAUGUUAUCUGAGUACCUGAUAUGUACCAGUUAUUGGAAGAAGCUGGAAAUACAGACAUGAUUAAUACGACAGGCUCUUCCUGUCAGGUGGCCUACGGAGACAUUGAAAGUGUUCCAAAUGAAAUGAUGUAGGAACAGGAAUAUUAAUGCAAAAAUGCCAUAAGGAAAUGAAAAGCUUUGGAAGAUAUUAUAUUGCUGCAUCCUAUGUGAAGUAUCUAGAGUCUGCGGGUGCAAGAGUUAUACCAAUAAGGCUUGAUCUUACACAUGCAGAAUAUGAAAAACUUUUUAAAUCUAUCAAUGGAAUCCUUUUCCCUGGAGGAAGUGUUAACCUCAAGCGCUCAGAUUAUGCUCAAGUAGCCAAAAUAUUUUACGACUUGGCCAUACAGAGUUAUGAUAAUGGAGACUAUUUUCCUGUGUGGGGCACAUGCCUUGGAUUUGAGGAGCUCACCUAUCUUGUUAGUGGGGAGUGCUUAUUAACUCACACAGAACACACUGUUGCAGUGACAUUGCCGCUGAAUUUCACUGGAGGUACAUUGCAGAGCAGAAUGUUCCAGAAUUUUCCUGCUGACUUGUUGCUGUCAUUAGCAACCGAACCUCUGACUGCAAAUUUCCACAAAUGGAGCCUUUCCAUAAAGAAUUUUACGUUGAAUGAAAAGUUAAGCAAGUUUUUCAGUGUGUUAACUACGAAUAGAGAUGACAAGAUUGAGUUCAUUUCAUCGAUGGAAGGAUAUAAGUAUCCAGUAUAUGGUGUCCAGUGGCAUCCAGAGAAAGCACCUUAUGAAUGGGAGAAAUUACAAGGCAUUUCCCAUGAACCUAAUGCUGUGAAGACUGCAUUUUAUUUAGCAGAGUUCUUUGUUUCUGAAGCUCGGAAAAAUGAUCAUCACUUUGAAUCUCAAUCUGAGGAGGAGAAAGCCCUGAUUUAUCAGUUCCGUCCAAUUUAUACUGGAAAUUUUUCUUCAUUUCAGCAAUGUUAUAUGUUUGAUUGAAAAUCUUUGAUGUGUUAAUAGAGCACUUUGAAUAAUUCUGUGAUUAAACUAUUAUAAUAACUCAUUAUUAAUGGCAAUACUAGAAAGCUACAGAGAUUCCCUUUCUAUGUGAUUAGCUCUGAUUUUUAAAUCAAUAUAUGAUUUUUUUAAUUACAUUUGAUAAUUCAUCAGAGACAGAUAAUCAUAGUGUUUUCAUGGCAAAACCUUUAUGUCUGAAGAUAGAAAAAAAUGUAUUGAGAAUUCAAAUUUUUUUUUCUGAUGUACUGAUUUUAGAAAUAAAUACCACCCCUUACCCAUCCA